CCUGCUGAGACACCCCCUGCGAAGAAGACGAUAAAUAGGUCGAUCCGCGGCACGCCAAAAGCCUCUCAGCGGCAUUCCAGAUACGCAAUCCACACGCAUCAUCAGCCAUGAAGUUCGCGUGCUUCGGAGGCGCAGCGGCCGUGGCCGACGAGACGGUGGCGGCGGCUACCCGUCACCGACGCAGGGGGACCAAGUUCCUCUUCGGCAGCAAGGGCGACAAGUCGACGUCGCAGCAGACCAAGACCAAGGGGACCACGUCGCCUGGCCGCCGCCGGGAGAUGACGGACUUCGACAUCUACAUGGCCGCCGCCGCCGCGAGGAAGUCCUCCGCGCCGUCCACGUCGUCGUCGGCGCUGAGUACCGCGGCGUCGCUCGACUCCGCCUGCACCUCCUCGUCGUCCUCCAUAUCCUCCUGCUCCCGGUCGUCCUCCUCGUCGUCGCUGUCCUCUCUGGCAGACACGACGCCUCCUCGGCCUGCCAAGAGGCCGCCGCAGCAGCAGGGCGAGCGGAAGCGGUCGCCCGCGCUGGGCCCGGCGGCGGUGCUCGUCUGCCUCGUCAUGAUGGUCUUCGGCGGCCGGCUCGUGGCCACGCUGCUCACCGCGGCGGUGCUCGCCUUCUUCCCGCGCCAGUGCCCUGCCACAGGACUGCUCCGGCGUCCAGGAGAGAGGCGAUCGACGCGACGGCGGUUAUCCGUAGUUUCCCCUAGCUUGUAAAGAAACCAAGACCACUUUUUGUCCGAAAGUUUGUAUAGAUAUUUGUAGAUAUAAAAUUCGGAUUAGAACUUGAACCAAAAUACGUUUGCAGGAUGAUAUUUUGCACCUACAUACUUCAAAAUGCAAUCAAUUUGUAGUUCUGUA